UUACAUGACUGAUGAACAGUGGAGGGCAUUAGUUGCAAAGUGGUCUGAUCCAAAGAACAUGGAAAUAAGUGAAAAGAACAAGCAGAACCGCAGUCAAGUCAAGUUUCAUCAGGCUACGGGUUCUCGCUGCUAUGUGGCACACUUACAUGCAUAUAAGCAGAAGAGAAACCAAGAAGAACCCAGCUUAGAUCAGACUGAAGAACUAGAUGCGGUGGACGCCUUCAAGACCUGUCAUACCAGCUCCAAACGUGGCCUGAGUGAACCGGCAAGAGAAGCACUUUCUCAUAUGGAGGCUUUGAGGGCUGAACCUGUUGCUGAAGGUGAGAUGCCAGCAUCCAGUGUGCACCUUGUGUCGAAGGUGCUGUCCCAGAGCAGCUCACACCAAUUCCUGAAAAGCGUCGGCAUCAAAACAUCGGCAACCUCCAAGGCAUCAUCAUCAAAUCAUAGUGAGCUUCGGGAACAACUUGCAGUUGAAGCGAUGGCUGCUGUUCAAGGUGAACUCGACCAGCUCAGGAAGAAAUGUGAAGAAGCUGAGGAACAGCAGGCGAGGACAUAA